AUGAGAAGAGGCAUCUCUAUCGCAGGAAAGGUUAUCGGAAAGCUUCAAAUCCCAGCCCGUCCUUUCUACGACCACUUUAACAAAACUGCAGGAAGUCAGCCACGAAGCCAUUGCCGAACAUCUGUCCUCGCAAUGAAUGGAGCUUGCUUGAAGUCAGAGAGACGAUGGUGGAAAGAGGUUGUCAUAUAUCAAAUAUACCCUGCCUCGUUCAAAGAUAGCGAUGGCGACGGAGUUGGAAACAUUGAUGGAAUUACGUCCAAGCUGGAUUACUUGUUGGAACUCGGCGUGAAUGUGCUGUGGCUUUCUCCGAUUUACAAAAGCCCGCAAAAGGAUAUGGGAUAUGACAUUUCGAACUAUUAUGAAAUACACCCACCUUUCGGUACAAUGGACGACGUUCACCGCUUGAUUAGUGAGCUGAAGAAACGCGAUAUGAAGCUGGUCAUGGACCUCGUUGUCAAUCAUACUUCUACUGAGCAUCCGUGGUUCACUGAUUCAGCGCUUUCGAAGGAAAGCAUGAGACGAGACUGGUAUGUCUGGCGACAGCCCAAAUACGAUGAAGAAGGCAAUCGACAGCCACCAAACAACUGGGCCUGUCUCCUCGACGAUUCGCAAUCGGCCUGGAAUUACCACCCUGGAACAGAUGAGUACUAUCUCUCUCUGUUUAGCCCGCACCAGGCGGACCUAAACUGGGAGAACCCAAGCGUUCGAUGUGAGGUACACAACAUUGCAAAAUUCUGGCUCGAAAAGGGAAUUUCAGGCUUCCGGAUGGAUGUCAUCAACUUGAUCUCCAAGGACCAGACAUAUCCCGACGCGGAAAUUGUGUAUCCAAACAAAAAGUACCAACCUGGCGACAAAUACUUCGCCAACGGAGCACGGCUUUCUGAGUAUCUCCAGGAACUGAAACGUGUCGUGCUCUCCAAGUAUGACGUGCUCACUGUGGGAGAGAUGCCAUUCUUGGAGGAUGAAGAACAGCGACUCCAGAUGGUGAAGGCGGAAGAAGGUUGCCUCAACAUGAUUUUCACUUUCGAGACAAUUGGGCUCGAUAUCGUCCCCGAGCAGGGACGUUUUAGCUUUAGACCGUGGGCUGUUGGCGAACUGGCAAAGGUCGUUGAUAGGUCACAGUCUAUGAACACGCAUCUGGGAUGGGAGUCGCUGUUCUGCGAGAACCACGACCAACCUCGUUCUGUGUCGCGGUGGUGCGACGACUCGGAUGAGCACCGCGUCGCCGGUUCCAAACUCCUCUGUAUGAUGCAAAUCACCCUCACAGGUACCUUGUACAUAUACCAGGGCGAAGAGCUUGGUAUGCGCAACAUACCCGCCGAAUGGGGCCCCGAGGAGUAUAAGGAUGUUGAGUCCAUCAGCUACUGGAGCCUCGUAUGCUCAAUGUGGCCUUAUGGAUCUCCCGAACGGAAGAGGGCGAAGGAUCUUCUGAGGCGCAAAGCGCGUGACAACGCCAGGACCCCAUUCCAAUGGGACUCCACAUCGAAUGGCGGCUUUUGUCCUCCCGGCGUCAAGCCUUGGAUGCGCGUUAACGAUGAUUAUCCUACGGUCAACGCGGCUGCCCAGGUAGCAGCGGGAAGGGCAAACGAACGGACCAUGAUUGUGCCUCCGUACCGGUUCUGGCAACGAGCUCUUGAGAUUCGCAAGCGAUAUGCCGACUUGUUUAUCUACGGCGAAUUUGAGCUCAUCUAA